AUGAGAUCCAUCCGGCACUUCUGUUCGACACACACAACACCGCGAUCUGGCAGGAGCCUCAACUCGCUGUGGUCGAAACUGCAGCGGGAAAAUUACGAAUCGAUAUCGACGGAGCCGGCAACAACAUCGAUACAAACUCCAACGCCGAAUCCAGGUGAUUUGGGGCAUGACAAGAAGGAAAAGAGCGUCGAAAGUAGCAAAACCCACGCGCACACCAUUCAAGGCGUUGAAAUACCCACAAAACCAAACCAACCUGCACCAGACGAAUGUUGUAUGUCAGGCUGCCCAAACUGCACAUACGACAUAUACGCAGAUGACUUGGCAAACUACCUCGCUGUUGCCCCGAAAGCAGCAUCUCAACUAGAAAGCAAGGGUGUGGCUCUCGAUAGGUGGCCCAUGGAUCUCAGAGGCUUUGCAGGCUCAGACUCCUCCAAGUCUCCUCUAGAGGCUGAGGCUGAGGCUGAGAAGACUGCGGAUAAGCUCGUCAGCGACUUAGAUCCAACUAUGAGGGCUUUCUUGGAGAUGGAACGCAAUCUGAAGAAGAAAAAGAAGCAGAUCGACCGUGAGCGACAGUCAUAA